CCCUUUCUUCUAAAUUUAUCUCUUUCACACAAUUCCAGAAAAUCAAUUGAAAGAUAUAAUAAUGUCUGGAAUUACAAGAUCCGUUUACCGGGUUGCAAACCCCCUUCAGAAUGCGCGACACUUGUCUACUGUUGUCGCGAGUCGCAUCCCCAAGACGUCAUAUACAAUCGCUAUCACCGGUCUCCGAAGAUCAGUCCCGGUACAACGACGAAAUGCAUCACCCACCACGUACACAGCAAGAUCUGUGCGAUAUGCUUCUUCCAGCAGCAGCAAUUCUCUAAACCGCACUCAAUUGUACGAUUUGCAUCUUAAAUAUGCAGCCAAAAUGGUCCCGUUCGCCGGCUUUGAUAUGCCGUUGCAAUAUUCCGAUCUUUCGCACACGGAGAGUCAUCAUUGGACGAGAGAGAAGUCGAGUUUGUUUGAUGUUAGCCAUAUGGUGCAGCAUCGUCUAACUGGCCCCGGAGCUCUUCCGCUUCUUAUGAAAGUCACACCCUCGUCUCUCGACAAACUGGCCAACAACACGUCUACAUUAUCCUGUCUUCUUGAAGACGGUACGGGCGGUAUCAUUGAUGACACCGUCAUAACCAGACAAGGUCCCGAAUCCUUCUACUUUGUGACCAACGCCGGUCGACGAGAGGAAGAUCUCGUUUUUCUCACGGCCGAGAUUGACGCAUAUCGCGCCGAACACGGUGCAGAUAGCAUCAAAUGGGAAAUCCUUAACGACCGGGCCCUGAUCGCCUUACAGGGACCAUUGUCCCAAUCCAUUUUACAAUCAUACAUCUACACCGGUGAAGGCGAAGACGUAGCAUCAACAGAUUUGAAUACACUCUACUUUGGUCAAUCACGAGAACUCUACCUCCAAUUCCCCGACGGAAGUAAAACAGCCCAUCGUCUCCUCAUCUCCCGAACGGGAUAUACAGGUGAAGAUGGUUUUGAAAUCUCCAUCCCCACUUCCAACGGCGCAACCACCCUCCCGCACCAAGUCACCGAACUCCUCCUCUCGCAACCAGACAAGUGUCGACUCGCCGGUCUCGCGGCUCGAGACUCUCUCCGUCUAGAGGCGGGUAUGUGUCUUUACGGCCACGAUAUUACAACCGCGCAGACCCCUCCCAUAGCGUCAUUAGGCUGGGUCGUUGGUAAGGACAGACGAGACCAGAACUCACCUUCCUCCAAAUUCAAUGGUUCCUCUGUUAUACUCGCUCAGCUCGCGAGCCCAAAGACUCUCCCUCAACGUCGAAUUGGUCUUACCAUUGAAAAGGGUGCGCCGGCUCGUGAGGGCGCAAUAAUCGUUGAUCCCAAUAGUAUCACUGAAGAGAAUAAGACACCUACUCAGAUUGGUAUUGUUACCUCUGGAUUGCCGAGUCCUUCUCUCGGCGGUACUAAUAUUGCUAUGGGGUACAUCAAGAAUGGAUUGCAUAAGAAGGGUACUGAGGUCGCGGUCUUGGUGAGAAAUAAGUUGCGAAAGGCGACGGUGACUCCCAUGCCGUGGAUUGAGAGUAAAUUCCAUCGUCCUUCUUGAUAUAUGUCUUCGUAUGAGUUGAGCGUUUCUACUUUGCUUCAAGUCUACAGCCAAAAUAUUUACUUCAGCAUUCGUACUUUCAAUACUUAAUACCAUGCAUUACUAGGU